AUGUCCGCGAAGGGACCACAGGACACAGAAAAGCCAGUCACAGAAGGCGAAUCGUCCGAAUCGGAAGAGCUUCACACGCUCGAACAACUACACUCCAAAGCACAGGAAGAAGUAGAGGCUCUUCGCGAGUUGCUCGAAAAAACAAGGCGUGGCAGGAUUAAAGUGCAGCUGGAAACAGCCAUGCUUUCAAGAAUUCGAGAAGCAACGCAAAAAUGCAGUGACAAGUUGGAGCUAAUUCUCAAGAAGGAGGAUGGAGAAGCAUCGGUUGAGAAGGCUGCACACCUGGAGGAACUAGCCGGAUACGACAACCGUGUACACGUUUUAGAAGUACAAGGGACCUUAGAAGAGGAAGCACAGCUUACUUCGACUCAGCUGCUACUAGCUGCAGCUGACAAGUAUUUUCAGGAAACCUUGGCCUCGACGCAAGCAAGGAGCACGGAAUUCAAAGCAACUACUCUAAAAGAAGCUGAGGAGAUAAAGGAAGAAGUGGAAGUCCUCAGAAAAACACUUGAUCAAGAAUUGGAGCAAUCAUUAGAUUUACACGAGAGUGUAGCCCUGCUCGAGGUAGAAGAGCAAAAGAAUUGCCACAAAAAUAAGCUCAAGGCAUUCAAUGAAGAAGCGCUUAGCAGGUUAAAGGCCUACUAUGAGGAUAUUACACGAGACAACUUGCAGCUUGUCAAGAAACUGCGGGCCGAAAACGAGAGGAUGUCGGCUAAUAACAAGAGACUCAAAAAAGAAAUAGACGUAAUGGCAGCCCAAAAUGCAAAGAUCCGGGAACCCCUUAAAGAACAAGAAGCCCUAAAAGCCCGGCUCAAAGUGCAGCUCCGUUUUGUGGAGAAAGACAAGCUAGUCCUUCGCAAUCUUAAAAGGAGAAAUCAAAUGAUGGAAGAAAAUAUAAAGAAUGCGCGCAUGGAGGUUCGAAAUCUAGAACACCAGAAGAAAGCAAUAGGCCGUUCCAUUGGUCAACUGCAACAAAGUUUGAGGGAUGUGCAUCAAGAAACUAGUGCAGGGUCUGCUGCACACGGAGCGUUGCUGAGGCUCCAAGCGACAGAGACGCUUGCAAAGCUAGAUUCAAGCUUCCAGCGAAUACAGUCUACACAAUCUUGCCCCAAUUUGCCUCCAGGAGUAUCAUCAGCUAUUUGCGAGCUUAUCCAACAGACGAUUACUGACCAUAACCAAUGUGAAAGGGAUUUGAAAGAAGAGCUGCGCCGGUGCAUUGAGGCUUAUAAUGAUAUGUUAGUAUUUAUGCGCCAUCGUCUGGACGAGCUCAACGUGCCUCACUCUUCUAUCAAAGCCAAGAGUAUCGUGUACGAACAGACACAAGGCAUGCCUGAUAUCGGGGACGAAUCCGUUUCUGCGUCAGAAACAGCGCCCGACGGGAAAGACACAACUGUCAAUCAGGAGUCUGGUCAGGCCUCAGUUGAGUGGAAGGAAAGGGCAGAUGGAUCGGUAGCCACAGGCAGUUUAACAGGAGCAUCUAUCGACCGCGAAAGUGUUCCCAAAAGCUGCAGCCAUCCUUCCGGAUGGGCCAUUACUUAUCCGACAGCAAAAGGAUCGGACAAUAUCCACUUGGGGCAAGUGACGCUCCGGAGGCUGACCGGAAGUUAA